UGAUCAUGUAGGGAAAAAAAAGCCUGACGAUUUUUUUUAUAAUACAAAGCUUCAAUCUCAAUAUUAUGCAAAUAUACUGACAAUAUAGGAUAAUGAAUUAUAAUAGUCAUUAAAAUGAUUUCAAUGAAAACAUCGUUGAAAAAAGUUAAACUAUAAAAAUUGUCAUUAGUCGGACCCACCAGUAGGGGUCAUUGUUCUGGGUCUGGUAACUAUUGCGUCAUUUAAAAGGGACACGAAAUAUUGGCUAACAGGCUGUGUUGGAUCGAUUUAGUUUUUGAUCAGUUUCUGCCUUCACAAUUCUCUAUUUGGACUUUUAAGGCGUAGUUUUUCCACUACUGAGACAUAAAUAAUAUAUCUUUAAACGACGUCUUUAUUGUUGUAGAGUUUAUUUUUGAAGUUCCACGAUUAUUUUACCAACAAACACAAUUAUAUGUUAAGCUCUACAUACACAGUACAAACAUGUCAUAUUUUCUUUAAAUCUACAUUUAAAGGGUUGUCUUGGAGUAUGCCUCCACUUAGCUUAGUGAAAUGGAAACUGUAGAAUCUGAUAGACGUGAAAAACAGAUCAUUGGAGACUCGGAGAUCAUCGAUCUGCUUCUUAUCGAUGUGGAAACAAACGUGGAAAAAAGAGCAGGGAAAGAGAGCGCAGCGUGUUCAAGAAAUGUGUUGAGGAAGCAGCGGCACUGGGAGAGGCAGCUGGCUGCUAAAAAGUGCAAGAGGAAAGAAGAGAAGCAAAGGAAGAAGCUCAGCCGUGAGCAUAAUGCUGAGUCGAGCACAGACGAUCCUCGGCUUAGUAAACGAGUCUGGAAGGCAAUCACUAAAGAACGUCUUGCUGAUGCUCAGAGUACGGGACUCAAACUCUGCGUCGAUCUGAGUAUGACUGAUCGGAUGUCUGACAAAGAGAUAAGCCGGCUUGCUGGUCAGUUAAGGCGGCUGUACGGAUCUAACAAGAAGGCGACUUGGCCAUUUCACGUGUUCCUCACAGACCUGGGAGAAGACAGCCGGCUUUACAGAGAGUGUAUUCGCAUGAACGAUGGGUUCCUCAACUACAUGAUGGACAUAACAGAAAAAGGAGUUUUGGAGCUUUUUUCUCCAGAAAGUGUGGUCUACCUCACACCAGAUGCUGAAGAAGCUUUGGAAACGGUGGAUCCAGACAAGGUUUACGUUCUUGGUGGUCUUGUGGACGAGAGUAUUCAAAAGAAGUUGAGCCUCUCAAAAGCCUCAGAUUUGAGCGUCCGCACAGCAAGGCUGCCUAUCGAUGAAUACAUGAUAAAGAAAGACAAUGUCAAGAAUUUUCACUCCAAGAUUUUGGCCAUUAAUCAAGUUUUUGACAUCCUGCUGACUUUCUUUGAGAGCGGAAGCUGGACUAAAUCUUUGCAGGCUUGGUUCCCGGCUGGAAAGGGUUACGUGAUAUCAGCAGGCGGUUCACCUCCACGCUCUGCUGUUGCAAAGACUCAGCAUCAGAAUCAAUAAUAUUUUUGUUGCUCUUGUUUUUGGACAAAAUCUCCUAUUAAAGAUACUGGAAAAAAAU